AUGGCGACGAGUUUUCCGUUCCUGAAUGUUACCGGGAUCUCGUUGCCGUCGUCGGGAUUAACUCGCCGGCGAUCGCACAUUGUUUCACGCCACGAUCUUCCUGAAUUCUCGGCUAAAGCAGCCUCUUCGCCGCUUAGCAUCAUCUCUCCUGCUUCUUCGUUGUCGCAACCUCGUAACGGCAGCGACAGGUUUCUCUCUCCGUGUUCGUUACCGGACGUUUCCUCUCCGAUCCGAUCGGUGACUGUGAGAUCGCAAUUUAGUACGCCUCUCAUUUCUCCCAACGAUGAUUGGGGAACUUGGACUGCUCUCUUCGCUACUGGGGCUUUAGGUCUAUGGUCGGAGAAGACAAAGAUUGGUAGCGCGAUGAGCGGUGCGUUGGUGAGCACUCUAGUUGGGCUUGCAGCUAGUAAUCUUGGGAUCAUUUCUUCAGAAGCUCCUGCUUUUGCUGUAGUGUUGAAUUUCCUGCUCCCAUUAGCUGUUCCUCUGUUGUUGUUUAGAGCUGAUUUGCGCCGUGUGGUUCAGUCCACUGGAAAGCUUCUCUUGGCUUUUCUGAUUGGAUCAGUUGCCACAACGGUGGGUACAGCUCUGGCCUACUAUCUAGUGCCAAUGAGAUCACUUGGUCCGGAUAGUUGGAAGAUAGCGGCUGCUCUCAUGGGAAGGCAUAUUGGUGGAGCCGUUAACUAUGUUGCCAUAGCGAAUGCUCUUCAAGUUACACCAUCAGUAUUAGCUGCGGGACUCGCUGCUGAUAAUGUUAUAUGCGCUGUAUAUUUCACGACAUUGUUUGCCAUAGGCUCCAAAAUACCUGCUGAAGUUUUACCGCCACCAACUAGUGAUGCAGAGAUGAACAAAGGUUCCGAAACUGAAAAGAAAAUUCCUAUUCUACUGAUAGCUACUGGAAUUGCAGUGUCCUUAGCUAUAUGCAAGGUUGGGGCUUUGCUAACUAAGUAUUCCGGGAUUGCGGGUGGUAGCUUACCAGCUAUAACCGCAGUUGUUGUCGUUUUAGCAACUGUGUUUCCCUCCCAAUUUGGUCGUCUUGCUCCACCUGGAGAAGCAAUGGCUCUUAUUCUGAUGCAGGUGUUCUUCACUGUGGUGGGUGCUAGCGGAAACAUAUGGACUGUGAUAAACACGGCGCCGAGCAUAUUCUUGUUUGCACUGGUCCAAAUUGGGACGCAUCUUGCUGUGAUAUUGGGCAUAGGAAAGCUGUUGAACGUUGAGUUAAGAUUGCUGCUUUUGGCAUCAAAUGCUAAUGUUGGAGGACCCACGACUGCAGCGGGAAUGGCGACGGCAAAGGGAUGGCACUCGUUGAUUGUUCCCGGGAUUCUGGCUGGAAUAUUUGGGAUCGCCAUUGCAACUUUCCUUGGGUAUGCAUUUGGUGUGAAAGUGCUCAAGUUCAUGUGA